AUGUCUCGACAAUUCAGUACAUAUUGGUUGGCGUUUUCAUUGCUUUUCUAUAUUAUCCUACUCAAUUUGUGGACUGCAGUAGUUUGUAAUGGAAAAUACUCUCAAUAUUUCUAUAAUUUGGCUGGCUAUAGUUUAACGAUGAAUAUCGAUACAUGUAAACAAGUUACUAAUAGUCUCGUCUCUCAGAAUGUCAAAGAAGCAUUGAAGAGUGAUUUCUAUCGACAGGGAGUUAUUUAUACUCAACCUACUGUCAUGCUUGCAGAUCUUGAAUAUCAUGUACAGUCUAUUCACCAAUCAUGGGAACAACGUGAACCGGCACCGGAAAUAAAAUUCUCUCUAUGGCAUACGUUUAAACGUCACAUACCACGUUUUAUUCUUACUGUCGUGUUUGAUCUCGUUCUUCCGCUUGUUCUUUUUUUCGUUUUACAAAAGCGAAUCGGUACACUUUAUGCCCUAUUAAUCUCAGGUGCACCACCAUUGGUCAUGGUUAUUCUUAAAGCAAUCAUAUCACGAACAUUGGAUGCGCUUGGUCUUCUGAUUUUACUUGGCUUUGUUAUUUCGGCUGUUGUUGCACUUAUUACAAAGAAUGAUACAGUACUUCUGCUAGAAAAAUCGCUAGUCACAGGUGUUGCUUCUAUUAUAUUUGCCGUUUCAUUGAUUCCAAUUCCAUGUUGUUGUAAACGAUGGCAUUGGCGACCACUUGUAUACUUUAUCUAUCAAGAUUUAUUACCAACGAAACGAAAAGAUAUUGGAUUACCUGAUGAUAUAUUCAACCAUGAACCAAACUCAAUGUAUGGAUUGUAUGAUUCGCAAAAGAAAGCCGAUAAAAAAGAAGUAGCACAAGUCUACAAUUGGCUAUAUACACAUUGUCGAUCCUUUCGUCGAACUUGUUAUAUAUUAACGAUCAUUUGGGCCAUUGGAUUAUUCUUGGAAUUUGUUGGCCGAUUAAUUCUUAUUUUUGUCAAUUUAAGCGUCAAUCAAAUUUAUAUCUAUGGACAUGUUAUCUUAGGUGUAGCGGUCGGUAUAUGUGGUAUAUUAACAGUGAUUCUCGUAUCACGAGAACGUAAAAAAACGAUAGCUUUUGUUAAACAAUGGAAUCAAGGAUAUGGCGAUGUAGAAGAUCCAGAAAAGCAACGAUCGAGUCUUUCUCUUUGGCUAAUAGGAAACAGUCCCACUUCCAAUGGAUUCGUGUCUGAUAUAGGAAUGCUAAUACUUACGGCUAUAGAUUCUUUCCGUUUCUAA